AUGAAAUAAAAUAAAAAAAUAAGUGGAAUAAAAAUUGUUGUGUAUAAUUGUAAUAUAAUUAUAUAAUUAAUUGAGUUAAGAUGGUAAAGUGAUAAAUUCCACGUAUUCUAGGCAUCUCUUUUGAAUAUGGUUUAAGGUUAACCAAUAAUAGAAGUGACAUUAGAUGGUAUAGAGACUCGUAAACAUACAAGAUUUGUAGAUAAAUAAUUAGGAGCAUUAAGAUUACCAGUUUAUAUAGUAAUUAAAUAAAUGAUAAAUAUAAUUAUAGGGCGAUGAUGAUAUAUCAGGUGUUGUAGAAGUGAAGAUGAAUAAAUAAAAGAAAAUAGAACAUUUAGGUGUACGAAUAGAAUUGAUUGGAAGAAUAGGUAAUAAUAAUAUUGAAUAAUUAAGAAAUUAUUAAUGAUUAAAAACAAAGUUCAGAUUUCAUGUCAAUGUCAAGAGAAUUAGAGCCUUAAGGAAUAUUAUUUGAAGAUAAAACAUAUAAAUUUUAAUUUUAGAAGUUUGAGAAGUAAAAUGAAAGUUAUUAUGGAAAUACAGUGAGAUUGAGAUAUUACUUAAAGAUUUAUAUGACUAGAAGUUAUGGUAAGGUAUAAAAGGAAGUAGAUUUUGCAGUUUUAAUACCUUAACCAGAAAUAGAAGAAUAACCCUAAACACCAUUAAAAUUAGAAGUAUUAUAUAAAUAUAAUAACAGGUUGGUAUAGAGGAAUGUUUGCAUAUUGAUUUCGAAUAUUUUAAGAGUAAAUAUCAUUUAAGAGAUGUGGUAACAGGAAAAGUCAACUUUUAUUUGGUUAAAAUCAAAAUUAAAUAUAUGGAAUUAGCAGUUAUUAGAAAAGAAUAAUAUGGUCAAGGACAAUAAUAAUAAACAGAUAAUGAAACUUUAGUCAAAUAUGAAUUGAUGGAUGGUUGUCCAUAAAAAGGAGAAGUCAUACCUAUUCGAUUAUAUUUAAGUGGAGUUGAUAUUACUCCAUCAGUUAAAAAUGUUAAUGGUAAAUUCAGUGUUAAAUACAUACUAAAUUUGAUUUUAGUAGAUGAAGAUGACAGAAGAUAUUUUAAAUAAUAAGAAAUAACAAUCUAUAGAAAGAAAUGA